GCUCUCCACCCCUCCCCCCCUACCUCUGAGGAGGAUACAGCACCCCUAACCAUGCCCGGAAAACUUCGGAUGUCGAUGCGGGAGUUUCGCAAGGUGCAGAUGGAGCCAUCGCAUGCAGAGGCGACAUGGGAGCUGCUGAAGAACGCCAUCCGGCAGAUUCACUCGCAGAAUGCAUCGGGCCUGUCGUUCGAGGAGCUGUAUCGGAACGCGUACAACCUUGUCUUGCACAAGUACGGGAGCAUGUUGUACAACGGGCUCCGUGACGUCGUUGGCGCCCAUCUCCGCAAGGUGGCCGAGGAGGUGGCCAGUCUCACCGAUGGCUCAGACUUUGUGCUUGGCGUAGACAAGGCGUGGGCCGACCACUCGCUCUCCAUGAUCAUGAUCCGCGACAUCCUGCUGUACAUGGACAGGGCGUACGUGGAGAACAAGGGCAUCAAACCGGUGUACCAGCUCGGGCUCCAGCUCUUUUGCACCACCGUCAUCCAGCACCCGCGGGUGGAAGCGCGGCUCUCUGCAGCGCUCCUCGACAUCAUCACCGCCGAGCGCGAAGGCCAGAUUGUUGACCGCGAGCUGGUCAAGCGCAUGACCGAGAUGUACGUGGCGCUCGGCGAGGACUCGCUGAGCGUGUACAAACAGUACUUUGAGACGCCGUUCCUCCUCCAGUCGCGCGAGUACUACCAGAACGAGGCGCUGGCGUACAUUGCUGACAACUCUGCGGCAGCUCACCUGCGACGGGCGGCGGCGCGGCUGGACGAGGAGCGCUCACGGGUGGCGCACUGCCUCGACGCCUCGACCGAGGCUGCUAUCCUCGCUGUGGUUGACACCGAGUUUAUCGCCAACCACAUGAAGACCAUCGUCAACAUGGACCGGUUCGGGCUCUCGGCCAUGCUCGACGGCCAGCGCGUUGACGAGCUCGAGCUGACGUACACGCUACUGGAGCGGGUCGCUGGCGGGCGCGAGCUUCUGCUGGAUGCACUCACCGAGUACAUUGUGAGCAAGGGAAAGCUCCUUGUCGCCGACAAGAUGAUGGAGGCCAAGAACGGGCCAAGAAGCGCGAUCCCAAGGCGUGGGUUGCCGGCCUCCUCGAGUCCAAGGAAAAGUACGACGUCAUUCUCCGCGACGCCUUUCAUGCCAACCGCAAGUACAAGACCGCCAUCUACAAGGCCUUUGAGACGUUUAUCAACCUCAACCCGCGCUCGCCCGAGUACCUCUCGCUCUUUAUUGACGGUCAACUGAAGAAGGGCCUCAAGGGUGUGACCGAAGACGAGGUCGAUGCUGUCCUCGACCGCGCCAUGACCCUCUUCCGUUUCCUCGAGGACAAGGACGUGUUCGAGUCGUACUACAAGCAGCACCUUGCCCGUCGCCUCAUCUUUGGUCGCUCCGUCUCCAACGACUUUGAGCAGAACAUGAUCUCAAAGCUCAAGGCCGAGUGCGGCUUCCAGUUCACCUCCAAGCUCGAAGGCAUGUUCACCGACAUGUCUGUUUCGAAGGAAACUAUGGAAAAGUUCAAGCUCUUCCUCGACUCGCGGCCCAAGAAGCGCGAGGCCAUGGGCGGCAUUGAGCUCUCGGUCCACGUCCUCACCAAGACCUUUUGGCCCGCCCGCGACGAGCUCACCCUCGUCCUCCCACCGCUCAUCACGUCGGCCACCGCUGUCUUUGACGACUUUUACCUCUCCAAGCACUCGUCGCGCGUCCUCACCUGGCAAGCCGCCAUGGGCACCGCCACCGUCAAGGGCACCUUUGCCAACUCCUCGCACGAGCUCGUCGUCUCCACCAUCCAGAUGUGCAUCCUUGAGCUGUUCAACUCGGCUGACGCCUACUCGUACGCAGAGCUCCGGAACCUCAUCCAACCCUCCCACGACGACUACCUCAUGAAGGGCCUGCUCUCGCUCUCGACCGGCAAGCAACGCGUCCUCAUCAAGAGCCCAAAGUCCAAGACCUUCCACGACGACGACGUCUUCACUUUUAACGCAGACUUUACCUCCAAGCUCUUCCGCAUCAAGGUCCUUCAGGUCGCUCCCAAGCGCGACACCGCUCCCCAGGUCGCCGCCACGCAGCGCUCCGUCAACGAGGGCCGCAAGCACGCCACCGAGGCCGCCAUCGUCCGCGUCAUGAAGGCCCGCAACACCAUGGAGCACAACGCCCUCAUCGCCGAAGUCAUCAAGCGCCUCGCGAAGCGCUUCAAGGCCGAGCCGCAGCAGGUCAAGAAGCGCAUCGAGUCGCUCAUCGAGCGCGACUACCUUGCCCGCUCCCGCUCCAACCGCCGGACCUACGAGUAUCUCGCGUAAAGUAACUCUUUGACCCUUUACGGUACGGAAUGGACAAAGCUGUCCAUCGCGCAAGCCGCGCUCGCGAUGCUCCACAGACGUCGCAACGUCUAUGAAAUGAUGUAAAAGAGUAUCCAGUACAAGAAUGGCGUGCCACAAUUGCGCGGCCACACCGACCGGCAAGCUCGUCCGUCGCAAGAAGAUCCACAACGUCUUCGCGCUCUCCCGUCCGGCUGCAGUAUUCAACUAUGCCAUGAUCUCCUUCGCGGUCGUCGGGGUCGUCAACGACAAGCUCCGCACCGUCCGCGCCCGCCGCUCCCCCGGAUCGGCGCCGUCCGGCACCUCGCGCACCUCGCGCGCCUCACGCAUGCUCCCAGGCGUCCGUCACCGCCAUCACGUGCGGGCGCG